GAUCUUGCCGUCUCUUCUUCUUCUUCUCUCUCUUUUACUAAUUUUUCUCUCUAUAUAUUGUGACCCAUUUCACUUCCAACGCCUUUCAGCCAAAGGCAUUCUCAAACCUCAACAUUACUUUACUAUGGCUUCUUGGAAGAAAACCAUCAUUUCUCCCUUUAGGAAGGCUUGCACCAUCUUCAACCAAAACACUCGAGAUCCUAAAAAGUCUCAUUCCGAUUCAGAGCAAGAGAAGCGAGUGGACGUGAGGAAUCUCCAAGGAGAGGUGAUGGCAUGUGGGUAUGAAGAUGUGCACGUGAUGUGGUCCAUUUUAGACAAGGCCAAUUCUAUUGCCACUGCUACCACUAUCACUUGUAAUGUGUCUUCUUAACGACCGAUCCCGUCAUUCGAUGGAUGUUAAUUACUUAAUUGUUGUAGAUAAAGUAUAAUACGUCUCUCUCCCGCUUUCUCUACGUUAUUUUGUGAGUUGAUGAUUUUGUUUAUGUGUAGGGAAUGAAUCCCCAUGAUUUGAAGCUUUUAAUCAUGGUGAGAUUUAAGAUUUUUAUUACUCUUAAAUCUUGAUUAAUGCCAAAAAAAGAAAAAGAAAAUCCUCUCUCUCUUUUUUCUGGGAAAUAGAGCCUUAUCUCUGAGGAAAGUGGCUCAGAUCUGAUUGGUUGGUCAUAUUUAUUUAUAAUUUAUGUAUACCACUUUUCAAGGCCUUUAUUUGAGAGAGAAUAAAAGAGGCUUGGAUUUUUAUAAUGAUUUUUUUUCUUGCUG